AUGUCGACCUUCAACUCCCUGGCAGGAUCGACGAAUUUCACCAAAGAGGAACUGCAGCGUCUUAUGGCGAGGUUCAUAAAACUCGACAAGGACUCCUCGGGCACAAUUGAAAAAGAGGAGUUCCUUGCCAUCCCCGCCAUCCAAAGCAACCCCCUGGCCCAGCGACUCAUGGAAGUGUUUGACGUUGACGGCGACGGCCACGUUGAUUUCGGCGAAUUCAUUACCGGGUUGAGUGUGUUCUCGUCGCGCGGCAACCGCGAAGAAAAACUCAAGUUCGCAUUCAAUGUCUACGAUAUUGACGGCGACGGUAAGCUAUCUAAUGGCGAGUUAUUUAUUGUUCUCAAGGCUAUGGUUGGAAACAACUUGCAAGAGGCCCAACUUCAGCAGAUCGUCGAUAAAACAAUUUUGGAGGCUGACGAGGACGGCGACGGCUGCUUGUCCUUCGCCGAAUUCAUGAAGGUUAUCGACAGCUCCGCUCUCGCAGCUAGCCUUACUUUAGAUUCAUUUUAG